UAUAUAUAUAUAUAUAUAGAGAGAGAGAGAGAGAGAGAGAGAGAGAGAGUGUGUGUGUGGGAGUGUGUGUAAAAAAUAAUAUAUGUACAUAUUUACAUAUUGUGUAAAAGAAUUUUUUCGAAGAUUUUGCAAAUGUCUUUUUUUGUCAGCGUCUAACAAUCAUAUAUUCAAUCCACCAUGUUUUGUAAAUAAUAUGUUACUGUAAUAUCUUAUAAUUUAUUUCUAUUAAUUUAUCUGUGAAAAGAAUGAUAAAGUAGCAACGAUAGUUCGUUAAGAUUGUUGCAUAAGAAUAACAAACGUUGACAAACGUUAACAAAUUUUUAUAAUGUAUGUCAAUAUCGCGCACCUACUUGAAUUUGUCUGAAGCAGGAUGCUUUUAUGGAAAAUUAUGCAAGCGAUGCUUGCAUGUUUAAAAUGGAUAUUUAGACAAAGAUAAUAAAGCAGAUAAAUUCCUGCAUCAUUGAAGUAACACGAAUUUUCUUGUAAAAUAUAUAGUUAUUUGCAUAUUGCCUCACUCCGAUAUAAAUUUGUAAUAAGAUGGCGCAUACGGAAUGCAAGAAAUAUGUUACAUGCCCUAUGUGCAAUGGUGCAGGUAGGGACAUUUAAAUAACAGUGAAUUUUUAACGCGCUUGUAUGAAUUUUGCGAUAAAAAUAUAUCUCGGAAAAAAAGGUAAGUCUGCAACAUGCGCGAUAAUGGAAAAGGCUUCCGUAUCUAUUCAACGUGAGAAUACAAAUUCAACACAACUUACGAAAACACGGUUUGCCGAAACGGCGUAUUCGGGUGCUUCGGGAGAUCCACGAUUAUCUGAUAGUAAACAUACAAAGGAAGCUAAUCCUAUGACCAAUUAUGGAGAUUAUGCAGCUUUGUUGGAGAAUGAUUAUAUAGGAACACCAGAGGAAUUUGCGAAUCCACAAGAAACGCUAAAAAAUGCGUUGCAAAGUUUAAAGCAGGAUCAAUGGCAGAACACUAUUCCGGCUCUAAUAAAGCUCAUGCAUGUUUCAAGGAUUCAGCCGGAAAUGCUGGACUCCAGUAUGCCUCGCAUAUAUCGAAGUUUGUGCAGUUUAUUGAAAAAUACAAGACCUCAUGUCAUUAGAACUGUCUGUCAAGUGGCGAUGGAGUUAUACAAGACAGUCCAGUGUACGCAAAGACCUGAGUUUGAUGAACUUGUAUCCAUGUUGCUUUUAAAAAGUACGCAUACAAAUAAGGGAAUUCGAAACGAUGCUCAACGUGCUUUAGAUUCUAUGAUAACACACUUAUCCCCUGCAAUUUGUAUCCGAAUAUUAACCAGUGAACAUGGUGCCAGCCAUAAGAAUCCAUUAAUAAGAGCGACUGUAAGUCGAUUGGUUUAUAAUAUUAUUAAUAUUAUUGGAGUGGAAUGUUUAUUAUCAAAUUCAAGUCUUAAGGAUUGCCGCCGGAAGAUAUUUACAAUGUGUGCCAAAUUUCUUCUGGAUGGUAACAAUGAAACAAGGAAUGACGCGAAAAAGGCACUGAAAACUUUGAUGGGCCAUCAAGACUUUGAUACUCUCUUUUAUCAGGAUGUAGAUUGGAAGAUUAUUAGUAGCAUAGAAAAACAAUUAAUAUCUUUAAAGUAUAGCCCAAUUCAUACUGUAUAACAUUAUUCGUUAUUAUCCCGAUGUAAUAGAAUAGUAUAUCUAUUAGUGUGCACUUCUUUUGUGAUAAUAUUCCAGUAAUAAAUUGCAUCGUAAUUAUAUAAUUUGAAAAUUUAUAUUAUAAUAAUAUAUUAUUCUACAUGUCACUAACAAUUAUUAAUUUUUUAGUAUUAUAUACAUCAGUAUUGACAGAAUUAAAUAAUAUUGUAUAAGCAAAACUUUUUGUAUG